AUGUUAAAGUGCCGGUCUCCGGGCAACCCCCCUGAGACGGACGUAGCCCAGCCAGCAGGACCCGUCCUCGCGCGAGAUGACGGAGUGCAGCAGGUCGCAGGUCGAGCGGAUGGCGUCCUCGCGGGCCUGGGGAGGCAGCGUGUCUAUCAUGGAGGCGCCCAUGAGCCUGACCCAUCCUGCAAUUCCGGUGUCAUUGGUGUCAUUGCUGGUAUCUUUAGAGUCUUUUCUGGAGUCACUACUUCUAGAGUCACUCUCGGUGAGUCUGGUCGGCCUGUACUCGACCUCGAGGGAGUCGACGACAAAGCCGAUGCGCUCGAGGGCGUCUCGCAUCCAGGCGGCCGAGGGGAAGAACCAGGGGCUGGCGUCUCUGGCCUGCUGCAGCGGCAGGCCAUGGAGCACGAGCGCAGCCAGCAGGGCAGCGUGGACCUCCGCGACGUUGCCAUGGCCGCCCAUUUCGAAGACAAAGACGCCACCGGGCCUGAGGCAGUCGAAGAUGGCCUGCAGGACGGGGAUUCUGGUGCUGGCGUCUCUCAGGAUCCAGUGCAGCGCUGCGUUGGACACUCUAUCAACCGUCAGCCCAACACAUCACAUCACAACACCCGCAUUCGUAGAAUUCACGGCGCCGACGGCAGAGACGAACCUGGCCGUGAACUGGCCGUCGCCGCAGCCGACAUCGAGCACUCUGUCCUCGCGGCGAGGCUGCAGCAGCUGCAGCACCGUGUCCGCGAGCCGGGGCACGAAGGCCGCCGCCGCCUCGUAUGCCUGGUUAUAUAUUAUAUUGUCAGCCAGCUCAACCGCCCAUCACGCAGGCAGAAGCCCCUAUCUCGCACCUCUGAGGACCAGCUGUCCUUUUCUUCUCCCUGCAUCUGUGUAUCCUCUCUGUCUGUCUGUGUCCUCUUUGUGUCUGCUUCUCGUCUCCACCGCGCGGCCAAGGUCGCCAAGGGCGCAGCUCGGGAUCGCAGGUCGAUAGAAGCUGCUGUCGAUGCCCCAAGCGGGAGAGAAAGAGAGAGGGAGAGAGAGAGAGAGAAGAGAGCAGGCGAUGGACGGGCAGCGGAAGAAGUGCUGGCGAAGAUGGAGGAGACGAAGAUGCCGGCGAGAGAAGUUGGCCGGCAGUCGGCUUUUAACCAGAACAACAUCGACAUCUAUGUACAUCUACGCAACCUCGAGAGCACCAGCGACAUCGACAUCGACAGCAAGAUAUCCACAGCCUAUCGACCCAUCGAUGAGACCGACGGAAGACUGGAAGACGGAAAUCUCUGCCCUUCUCUGCUGCUGCUCUGUCUUUUCCUACAGCAUCCUCAAUGCCUCAUGGAGCCCGCAGACGGACGAAGCGACGACAGCGACCGCUACGAGCAGGCGGAGCAUGACCAGCAUGACCAUCGGCAGCAUAGCCAUGAGCAGCAGAAGAGCUGUGAGCCCUUCCCGGCGCUGCCAGAGACCCUCGAGAUGGCGACCCUCAACAUCCCAAACAGCCCAAAUACUGCGAAUACUGCGAAUACCCUGAAUUCACCAGCAUCACCAGCAUCGCCGGCUUCACGGUCGAGCUCGCCCAUCUCGGUGGCCUCGGGCGAGCUGGGCAUCGUCGCCUCGCGCCGCCCGACCACCGAGAGCGUCCUGACGACGGCCAGCAGACAGCCCAGCGGGCCCUUUGCCGGCCUGCAGCGCUUCUGGUGGGCGCACAUCUCCAUCCGCGUCCCCAGAAAGCAGAACCGCGACCACUUCGGUAUUUUCUCUCUGUCUAUAACUGUCUAUAUAGAGAUCAAGAUAGAUGCUAACGAGAGGAUAGCCCUCGAGAGGACGUACCUGGCGUACAUGCGCACCUCGCUGACGUUUGCCAUGGUCGGCGUGCUCAUCGCGCAGCUCUUCUCGCUCAACCACGCCGUCGUCCACAACGCCGACUUUGGCUUCCACCGCGUCGGCAAGCCGCUCGCCUGCGUCUGCCACCUGCUGGCUGUCCUCGUCGCCGUCGCGGGCGCCUUUCGCUUCUGGCGCCAGCAGCACGCCCUCGCCCGCGGCCGGGUCCACGCCGGCGGCCGCGAGGUCAACUUCAUCGGCCUCGUCUCAGCCGCCGUCGUCGCCGUCAUCUUCGUCCUCGUCAUCAUGAUCAGUGCCCGCCGCGACUCCGAGUAG